AUAGGUGGUGAUGAUGCAGAAAUAUUUAGAAAUAAAAAAUCAUUUUUUUCCUUAAACGUACAAGUUGUGGCAAAUGCAAACAGAGAAAUAAUUGACAUUGUAGCUCGAUGGCCAGGCUCAGUUCAUGACUCAACAAUAUUUCAGAACAGUAAUUUAAGAAUGUUAUUUGAAACAAAUCAUUUUCACAACUGUUUAUUAUUAGGCGAUAGCGCCUAUCCUGCAAAACCUUAUUUAUUUACGCCAUUAUUAAAUCCUGAAGGCCGUGCUCAACAAUUGUAUAAUGAAUCACAUAUUCGAACACGAACCAUAGUCGAACACACAUUCGGUAUCUGGAAACGUAGAUUUCCAAUAUUAGCAUUUGGAAGUCGCUUAAAAAUCAGCACAGUAAUGACAAUAAUAAUAGCGAGUGCUGUGUUACAUAAUAUAGCACGACGUCGAGGGGAAGAUAUUCCUCCACCUGUUGAUGAUGAAAACCUGCAUAUUUUGGAAAAUAUCGCAAAUAAUAAUGUAAAUCCUCAUUUUCAAAAUGAAGCAGGUAAUGCAGGUCUACUAGCGCGUAAUAUAUUAAUCAACGAAUACUUUAAUAAUUUACGUCAAUAAGAUAUAAAGUGUGUUUAUUAAAUAUAUAACUA